CUGGAUUCCGGGAGCGGCGUAGUCAGAGCCGCAGCAACCGCUCGGGCCCCGCUGCGACUGCGGGCGACGGCUCUGGGGAGCCUGAGCGUGUGUGCGGCUGCGGCGCGCGGGUCUUCACCGGCGCACCUUCCCCUGCAGGCGAUAAACUGCACUCAGCUGAGUCUGCAAGAUUAAGAGGAGUUGGAGUGAUUAGAAGUUGAUUCUCUGCAAAAUUUAGUUCCAGAUGGUUCCCCAGUAAUGGUCUAGAGAACUUCCUAAUGCAAGAUUCUAGAAUUAGGGGAUUAGGAAUAUAUCCUGGUUUGUCACAAGGAACUGAGGUUUAUUGAAGUCAAAAUGUCUCAAAAAAUCCGUGGUGGUUCUGUGGUAGAGAUGCAAGGAGAUGAAAUGACAAGAAUCAUUUGGGAAUUAAUUAAGGAAAAACUCAUUUUCCCCUAUGUGGAAUUGGACCUGCACAGCUAUGAUUUAGGAAUAGAGAAUCGUGAUGCCACCAAUGACCAGGUCACCAAGGAUGCUGCAGAAGCUAUAAAGAAGUAUAAUGUUGGUGUCAAGUGUGCUACCAUCACCCCCGAUGAGAAGAGAGUUGAGGAGUUCAAAUUGAAGCAAAUGUGGAAAUCACCAAAUGGCACCAUCCGAAAUAUUCUGGGUGGCACUGUCUUCAGGGAGGCCAUUAUCUGCAAAAAUAUCCCCCGGCUUGUGAGCGGAUGGGUAAAACCCAUUAUCAUAGGCCGACAUGCUUAUGGGGACCAAUACAGAGCAACCGAUUUUGUUGUUCCUGGGCCUGGUAAAGUGGAGAUAACCUACACACCAAGUGAUGGAUCCCCAAAACAGACAUACAUAGUACAUAACUUUGAAGAUGGUGGUGGUGUUGCCAUGGGGAUGUACAAUCAAGAUAAGUCAAUUGAAGAUUUUGCACACAGUUCUUUCCAGAUGGCUCUGUCUAAGAGUUGGCCAUUGUAUCUGAGCACCAAGAACACUAUUCUGAAGAAAUAUGAUGGACGUUUUAAAGAUAUCUUUCAAGACAUAUAUGACAAGCAGUACAAAUCCAAGUUUGAAGCCAAAAACAUCUGGUACGAGCACCGGCUCAUUGAUGACAUGGUGGCUCAAGCUAUGAAAUCAGAGGGAGGCUUCAUUUGGGCCUGUAAGAACUACGAUGGCGACGUGCAGUCGGACUCCGUGGCCCAAGGUUAUGGCUCCCUUGGCAUGAUGACCAGCGUGCUGAUUUGUCCAGAUGGCAAGACAGUAGAAGCAGAAGCUGCCCACGGGACCGUGACACGUCACUACCGCAUGUACCAGAAAGGGCAGGAGACAUCCACCAAUCCCAUUGCUUCCAUUUUUGCCUGGACAAGAGGGUUAGCUCACAGAGCUCAACUUGAUAAUAAUAAAGAGCUUGGCAUAUUUGCAAAGGCUUUGGAAGAUGUCUGUGUUGAGACCAUCGAAGCUGGCUUCAUGACCAAGGACUUGGCUGCUUGUAUUAAAGGUUUACCCAAUGUGCAACGUUCUGACUACUUGAAUACAUUUGAGUUCAUGGACAAACUCGGAGAAAACUUGAAAAUAAAACUAGCUCAGGCCAAACUUUAAGAUCAUUCCUCAGCUAAGGAGGAUAUAUGUUUUCUGGUAACUCGGCUCACUGGUUUACAUUUUUCUCUAUAACACUCAAGGAUAAAGCAAAAUCAACUUUGUAAUUUGUUUGGAAACCAGAGUUUAUCUUUUCUAUAAGUUUACAGCCUUUUUCUUAUACAUAGUUAUGCCACCUACUUGAACGUGGCAGCAAGUUUUUAAAUUUUUAUUUUCUAUUAGUAGCCUAGGAGUUACUUUAGUGCUCAUUCAUACUCACUGUCACUUUUUCUCAUGUUCUGAUACAAAUGACCAAAAUGAAGAGUGCUUGAAAGGUUUAACUAGAGUCACAAGAUCGCUCCCUAACUAUGUGGAAAGCAGAGACCCCCUCCCUCUGCCACCUCCCUGGCCAGGAUGCUGGGUGGUUUUGGCAGCAGAUGUCCCUUGAUGUGAGGUAGAGCUACCCCUUGAACUUGUACAUGAUUUGAAAUGAAGAGUGUGGGUGUAACGGAAACACAUUGAAGACACAGCAGUCAUUUUGUAAAGAGCUCUCCUUGAAUGUUUUGAAAAUGUUACAUAUUUUUGAGGCCACUGAAGUAUUUAGAAUCCAGAAUCAAUCUCCAGGGCAUCGGGGAUGUCCUCUGUAUUUGUCUUCUCCUCCUGGACAGGUGUGGCCUAAGUAUUGUGCUACCCUAGGCAGAAUAUUUCACCCAAGUGCAAUAAUAUAGCUAUACCUUUUAUGGACUUUUGCUGGCCCAGUUUAUUUCUUUUAUAUAAAUGUGAUUUUUUCAGAAGUUGAUUUAAUACACUAGAACUGUUCUCAUCUAACUGUCGAUUAAAAUUAAGUACUAAUGACUCUUCCCCUGCGUUUUUAUUUACCAAGUGUCCUUUUGUUGUCAGGUGCUAUCCCAGGACUUAGCCAUAGGAAUUUGAUUUUUAGAAGUCUCUGCCUUCAUUGAGUAAGUAUACAGGCAGAUGUGGAUCCUAUAGUACAAGAGAGAGGACCAAAGACAAAACAAAAGGGGUAGCCAUGGAAUAUUAUGAAUAUUAUGUGCUAAAGACUGCUGAAGAAUUUAGGGAUUGUGGAAGGUGAUAGGGAGUUAGUGAAAACUUUAGAAGGGAGAAAUAGGAUCAUAUCUUUAUUUAAAAAAUAGUGCUCUUGGCAGCUUUUGUAAAGAGUAAAUGGUAGUCGGGGAAGAGGGAGUGGUGUGGACAAAUGAAGGAAGACCAGUUAGAAAGCUAUUCAGCUUCAGGUGGGAAAUGAUGAAGAUCUGAACUCUGAGACAAUGGCACAGGGAAUGGGGAGAUCAGGAGCGACCCUGAGAAAAGAAAAUUGGGAAUUGAUGGGCCCCAGGAGAUGUGGAGGGAGGGUUCCAACUUUCUGACUCCACAUCUGGCAAAAAGUUGGUCUGCGCCCCAGAGUUAUCACUAUAGGGGACUGAAUUUGAAGCAUCAAGCAGAGCUUUGAUCAAGUUUCAGAGUACGUUGAUGGCCAUUUUAGCGUCGCACCCAGGAGUCCUUAUAGCUGAGCUAGGACUCUUUCUACUGUGCUGUGCCUGAACAUUUUUAAUUUUGAAUGAAAGAAGAAAGCAUCACGUGGAACAAAAGGAUGGUGUAGAAUUGAAGCGUCUUAAGUAGCCCUUCCUGCACUCACAGGCAUCCUGGGAGUUGAUCAUAUGAGCAUUCGUGGCGACAAAACCAUGAACCAGUUAAUGUUCUAAAAUAAUCAGCAGAUCAACAGAUGCUGACCAAUCCAUCCAGAGGCUAAUGGUUUAUUCUGUUUAACAACAUCAGGAUCAGAAUUGUUGACCUGGAAAAUGCCUGCUGUUUAGCACAACAAUGAAAGCAGCAGGAUUCAGGGACAGAGAAGAUGAGAACUUCGUACUGAAAAUCUCUAAAUUAUAAGUAGUUUCUUAGGUGGACUCUUUAACUGAAAACAUUUCAAAUAUAAUCUUAAUGAGAAUCACAGCUCCCCUGUAUUCUUGCCUGAUAAUAUAAAAUCCUCCCAAGACAUGCCUAACAAGUGAUUUCCUUUCUCCAUUUGAAUAUUAAUACAAUAAAAUUUCUUCCAAAUU